UCAGGCUCCAUCUAUGAGAUGUUUGGAAAUGAAUGCUGCCUGUCAACAGGAGAAGUCAUUAAAGUUAUUGGCUUCAAAAUUAAUAAGCUCAUAGCAACUAUCUGUGAGAAUAAUGAAGUCAACCGGUUUUCAGCCAAAGUGGAAUUACCACUAAAUUUCCCUGGUCUUUAUAAGGUUGUGGCAGAUAAAACUCCAUAUGUCAGCAUUGAAGAAAUUACUAGAAAAGUCUCUAUUGGGCCAACAAGAUUUGGCCAUCCAUGUUUCUACAGCCCUGAGGAUAUAAAACUGGCAAACUUCACUAUCAAACGUGGUGAGCAGAUCACCUUCACCUCUGUGGGAGAGCUCAAUGGAACAAUGUCUGUGAACUGUGUCAUGGUCAGAAAUAACCAGACCCAUUCCUUUACUUUGCCCCUUUCACAAGAAGGAAAAUUCUAUGAGUGCGAAGAUGACCAGAUAUACACCCUCAAAGAAAUUGCAGAAUGGAAAAUCCCUAAGUGCAGAAACCGGAUUGUCAAACUUUUCAAUAGUUUACAUAUGUGGGAUUCCUCUAAUCCACUUCCUGAGAAUUUUGAUGGCUGCUUGAUCCUCAUGCCUGUCUAUGAAGUGCAGGCAGUAAUGAAAUUUCGAAAGGACAUAGUUCAUAUCCUCUCAGAUCUAGAUGUUGAGGUCAAGGAUAUAACAGACUGUUAUGAUAUCAGCUCUUUCCUUCAGCCACUGUCUUUGGAAGAUGUAUUUGAGAGAACAAGCAUGGAAUUUCCCAUGGUGGCUGAGAUAAUGGAAGGGCCUUCAGAGAGCCAAAACCCUUAUAACUUACUGUCUACAGGGAAAGAGAUUAUCAUCUACAAAAAGUACCAGGCAGCAAGAGUCCUAGCUUCUGAGAUCAGAAGUGAUUCUCCCAAAAGACAUUUUUUAAUCCCUAUGAGCUACAAAGGAAAGUUCAAGAGAAGACCUCGGGAGCUUCCAACUGCGUAUGACUUAGAGAUAGCAAGAAGUGAAAAGGAACAGCUUCAUGUUGUAGCAACUAAAGCCUUUGCUUCCCCUCAUAAAGAGUUUUUUUCUGUUUCAGUUGGAGAUCAAUUUCUAGUUCAGCAGCGCCAGACUAGUGAAAUUCUUUAUGAGGGAAGAAAGAAACUUGUAGAUGUUUUAGCUUGUGAGCAAAUACUAAGUGAUACAUAUAAAAAAGUGCUCCUCCCCAUGUACAUGGAAGGCAGCUUUGUGGAAGUGAUUCAUGACAAGAAACGGUACCACCUUUCUGAGAUUUGCAAAGAAUUCCGUUUGCCUUUUAAUGUCAAAGUGUCCGUGAGGGACCUUUCCAUUGAGGAAGAUGUCUUGGCUGCAGUGCCUGGUCUGCAGUUUGAAGAGGAAAUCACAGACUCUUACUUGCUGAUCAGUAGUGCCACCGAUCCAGUGGAGAGCUGGGAGAUUCCCGUAUAUCGCGUAAACAUGUUGGUGCAUUUGCUCAGCAAAGAUGUCCAGGGAAUUGUACCACCUGUGACUAAGACAACAGUGGAAGAGAUCAGCGAAGAGCAAUACUAUAUGGUGCGAAGAUAUGAAAACCAAACCCUUCAUCCACCGCCUAGGCCUCCCAAAAAGCCAACAACACUUGCACCCAAACUUGCUUUUGCAGUACCUAAGCAAGGUGUGUCUGAUGUACUUCGGGCUCCAACGAAUUUCUGUGUAGAUACCACGAAGAGAUUAUGCACAAGUCAAGCUGCUGAUGUUUCGGAAUUGCAAGUUAGUUGUCAAAAUGAUUUGGUGCAUUGUGAGAAUAAGGACAAGACUGGGAAAGCUCCACUAGUGGAAACUACUGUGAUUAAAGGCUUAACAAGUAACUGUGAAGCAGAAAAGGAAGAGGAGGAAGAGCAUGACUACAGCUAUCUGGAUGAAAACAUAAUUGAAAACUUAAGAAAAGCAUUUCAUGACAGCAGCGUUGGAAAUAAGCCUACACUCUCUGAAGGAAGAAGAAACAUCUGAAGCAAAAUAAUUCUGAAACUAUCUGGAAACAAGUAGGAAGCUCUGUCCUUCACACAUUAAGAUUGACCACAACUGUAAGAAAAAGCUGCCCAUGAAAAUGUCCUUCUUGUCUCAUGAAAAGCAUAUGAGGCUGUAACUCAGCUAUAAUAAUCCCCUGUGAAAAUAAACUGCUUACUUGUCCUAAAUAAGAAGUCUAAUGUCUCAUAACCCCUUGAAAGGACAAAGGGACAUUCUUUUGUACAUAUUUAUUAAUGAAUUCAGAUAAUGAUGCCAAGUCCAAUCCUUCAUUCUCAUUGUACCUGAAAUUCCAGUUAUUUCCUGAAUCACUGUAGGGUAUAUGCAAAAGGAACAUCCCUUACUAAAACAGCUGCAUGGUUGUUUCCUUAGUUUUUUUUUUUUUGAAAAGGGAAAGGUCGAAAGGGAAGGGUUGUCUUAGGUGAACAAUUGGCCAAUUUCUUUGGCCAGUCUUACAUGCUUCAGGUUAAGGCUCAAAACUGGAAAUUACCAGAUUCUGCCCCUCUUUCUGAUGAACAACGUACAAGUAGUACUGUUGCAAAACAUGUAAAUUGCCCCAGAAAGCAAUGCCACUCCUCUCAAAGGGAAGUGCUACUCAGAAGGCCCAGGAACACCCAACUUAGAUAGCAUUGCCUUCUCCAUAACCCCUUGCACAGCUAAUAUUUAGAAUCACUCUAGAACUACUGUAUUCAGCCAUGUUCUGAAAAUGUGGCCAGGAAGGAUGGACAGAAGCUGGAGCUGAAAUGUUAGUGUUCAUGCUGACUCUACAAACUGAGAAAAAGGCACAUGCUGCCCUCUUCAAGAAGCCUGAGAAAAGCAAUCCUGAAGAACUUCAGCUAUACCUUGUGGUACCUCGUAUUCCCACACAGGGUUUGGGGGAAGAGGCAGCCCCAGGUGCCUCUCUGCAACACCCAUGAAUGGCCAAUGUCACCCCCCUGGAGAGAAGGUACAGGAAAGGCAUCACA